AAAAAAAAAAACCAUUACAAGAAAAAAAUAAUAACAAUUAAAAAUACUUACCCUCUCUUUGUCUCUCUCUCACUGCUUGAAAAUGGUCUCCAAGAACCAGAACAAGCCUCCACUUAACUCAGUAACGCCCAUUAUUACAAGCCCUUCACAUAAGAAGUAUGUUGGUGAUGAGGUACUAGUAGAUAACUGGCAACAGCUCGGAAUUAACAAAAUGGUAGGGACUGCAGCCAAUGGCAGAGUGCGACAAGCAUUCUCAAUUGUAAAUGGUGAACAAGAACUUGCCCCAAAUAGUGCUCCCCCUAGUAAUAAUGGAUCAGAGUAUGGUGGAUUUGAAUUCACAAGAGAAGAUGUCGAUGCAUUGUUAAAUGAGAGAAUGAAAUAUAAAAACAAAUUCAAUUAUAAGGAGAGAUGUGAUAAUAUGAUGGAUUACAUAAAGAGGCUAAGGCUUUGUAUCAAAUGGUUUCAAGAGCUAGAAGGAAGUUACCUAUAUGAGCAAGAGAGGUUGCAAAAUGCACUGGAAUUUAAUGAAAGUCAAUGUGCUGAAAUGGAGUUGAUGUUGAAAAAUAAGGAAGAAGAAUUGAAUUUGAUUAUAGUGGAGUUGAGAAAGAGUCUUGCUUCUUUACAAGAGAAGGUUUCCAAAGAAGAAUCAGAAAAGUUGGCUGCAACAGAUGCCCUUGCAAGAGAAAAAGAGGCUAGAAUUAGUAUAGAGAAGUCACAAGCCUCCCUCUCAGAGGAGCUUGGAAAGAUUCAAGGAGAGCUUCAAAGUGCUAAUCAAAGGAUAGCAUCAGUAAAUGAUAUGUACAAGCUAUUACAGGAGUAUAAUUCAAGCUUACAGCUAUACAAUACUAAACUUCAAACAGAUCUUGAUACUGCUCAUGAAACUGUUAAGCGUGGAGAGAAAGAAAAAGCUGCUGUUGUGGAGAAUCUCAGCAACUUGAGGGGUCAACAUAAGUCAUUGCAAGAUCAAUAUAAUUCCUGCAAGGCAUCUCUAGAUGAAGUUACAAAGCAGAAGGAUGCUCUGGUGAAUGAACUUGCAUCCCUUAAGGGAGAGUUGCAGCAGGCGAAAAAUGAUCGUGAACAAUACAUGUCAGAAGUGCAAGAACUAAGAACUAGAGUGGUUAAUUGUGAAGAGCUAGCAGUAAAAUCAACUGAAUUAGAGGAAAGAUGCCUAUCACAGGGUAAGCAGUUAAGAACACUGCAGGAGCAGCUAGAGGAUGCGCAGAAUAAACUAAGGGUAUCUGAUCUUUCUGCUUUUGAGACAAGAACUGAGUUUGAAGAACAAAAAAGGCUUAUAACUGAGUUACAAACUCGCCUGGAAGAUGCAGAGUUUAAACUCACUGAAGGAGAGAAGCUCCGUAAAAAGUUACACAACACAAUCUUGGAACUGAAAGGGAACAUCCGCGUAUUUUGUCGAGUGCGGCCUCUUUUGCCUGAUGAUAGUCCUUGUGCUGAAGGCAAGAUCGUAUCAUAUCCCACAACAACAGAAGCGCUUGGGCGAGGCAUUGAUUUGCAGCAAAAUGGGCAAAAAUAUCCUUUCACUUUUGACAGAGUUUUUACGCCAGAUGCAUCACAAGAGGAUGUUUUUGUUGAAAUUUCACAGCUUGUUCAAAGUGCUCUUGAUGGUUAUAAGGUUUGCAUUUUUGCCUAUGGCCAAACAGGUUCAGGUAAAACUUACACUAUGAUGGGCAAACCGGGGAACCCAGAGCAGAAGGGGUUGAUUCCCCGGUCACUAGAACAAAUAUUCCAAACCAGGCAAUCACUUCUGUCACAAGGCUGGAAAUAUGAAAUGCAGGUGUCAAUGUUAGAAAUAUACAAUGAAACAAUUCGUGACCUGUUAUCAACAAAUCGGGAACCAUCACGACCAGAAAAUGGUAUGAGUGCUGGUGGAAAGCAAUAUGCAAUUAAACACGAUGCCAAUGGAAACACACAUGUCUCUGAUCUUACUGUUGUGGAUGUUCGUAGUACUAGGGAGGUCUCAUUUCUGUUAGAACAAGCUGCUAACAGUAGAUCUGUUGGCAAGACCCAGAUGAAUGAACAGUCAUCUAGAAGUCACUUUGUUUUCACCCUACGAAUAUCUGGAACUAAUGAGAGCACUGACCAACAAGUGCAAGGUGUCUUGAAUCUUAUUGAUCUUGCUGGGAGCGAGCGUCUUUCUAAGAGCGGCUCAACUGGGGAUAGAUUAAAAGAAACUCAAGCCAUCAACAAAAGUUUAUCAUCUUUAAGUGAUGUUAUCUUUGCCUUGGCAAAGAAGGAGGACUAUGUACCAUUUAGAAACUCAAAGCUUACUUAUCUUCUUCAGCCUUGUUUGGGUGGAGACUCGAAGACACUGAUGUUUGUGAACAUCUCUCCUGAUCCCUCUUCAUUGGGCGAGUCACUAUGCUCGCUCCGGUUUGCAGCCAGGGUAAAUGCUUGUGAGAUAGGAAUUCCUCGACGCCAUACCAUCAUGCGAUCCUCAGAUUCUCGCUUGAGCUUCGGCUGAUUCUUAUCAGAACAAAAUAUCAUUUGUAUUUCAGAAUAUUACCUCUAUCACGAGUAUUGAUAAAUUGAGAAAGUGGGGAGUGAUACUAACAUGAGCUGAUUAUAACUUGUAUAGUGAAAAAAGACAUUAUUGCAUAUGAAAAGCCUGUCCAUGACUUCUUGGAGAAUUACAUUUGUAAGGGCUGUACUCUUAUCAAAUUUGUAUUAUAUUAUCAUAUUCUUGAGAAUGAGUUUCAAACUGACUUGUUGCAUA